ACGCGCCACGCACUGUCCCCGGCAACAUCUCGAACCUUCGCUUCCUCCUCCUUAUACCCGCUCCCGACCUCGCUCCCGCACUCCGCACUGCAGAACCCAUCACUGCUCACCGAGCUCUCCAAGUCGACACGCACCGCCCCACCCACACGCAGCGAAGAACCAGUCGAGGAGGAGGAAGGAGAAGCCAUGGCCGAGCUGCUGUUCGCCCCUGCCAUGGCCGGCCUCGUCCACCUGCCGGAGGUGCUCGACCGCCUCGCCGCCGCGGACGCCGACCACCGCGACCACGCCCACCACCACGCCGCCCACGGGCACGGGCACGCUCACCCCCGCGCGCACAUCGGGGCCGGCGGCGGCGCGCCCGUGGACAUCGUGGAGACCCCCGGCGAGUACUCCUUCCUGCUCGACGUCCCCGGCCUCUCCAAGUCCGACAUCCAGGUGACUCUGGAGGAGGACAACGUGCUGGUGAUGAAGAGCGCCAGCAGCAGCAACGGCGGCGGCGCCAACGGGAAGCGGAAGCGGGAGGAGGAGGAGGCGGACUGCCGCUACAUCCGGCUGGAGCGCCGCGCGUCGCCGCGGUCGUUCGUGCGCAAGUUCCGGCUGCCGGAGGACGCGGACGCGGGCGCCGUGGCCGCGCGCUGCGAGAACGGCGUGCUCACCGUCACCGUCAAGAAGCAGCCGCCGCCCGAGAAGAAGACCAAGUCCGUCCAGGUCGCCAUCGCCUGAUCUGUACCUCAGUCGCGCCAGCUUUCGGUACCUCAUCGGCGUUUGUCAUCAGUGAUCAGUGUAGCAGUAGUCGGUAGACUAGUGUGGCGAGUCAGGUAGAUUUGGGUGGUGUUCUGUUCUCUUGUGGUCAUGUCAUGCUCUGUUCGUGAUCUGGCCGGAGAUUAGGUGUGCUGGUUGUGGCGGACAUCUUUUGUGAAUCUUGCUGUUAAUGGAACUAUGGAGCACGAAUUGUUUGUUGUCA